AUGGUCCAACUCACCCAGAUCUUUACCACUCUUCUACUCGUGGCAGGUGUUGCUCUUGCAAAGCCAACACCGAAGCUCGCAGAACAGCCAGUAGUGACCUACUUAGGCACGCAGGGUCCUAUACUAUCCAGCGGAGCUUGGACGAGCAAGGGCAUAGUCUAUACCUCAGGCACAGUACCAUCUGUUAACGGUACCAUCAUAACGGGCGGGAUCGAGGCACAAACCGCCCAAGUAAUUAAGAACAUCGCCGCCACUCUCGAGGAGGCUGGCACCUCGUGGGACUAUGUUAUGAAGACCACGGUGUUCCUUGCGAAUAUGAGUGACUACGCAGCCAUGAACGAGGUUUAUGCGGCAAUGCUUCCAACUCCGAAGCCAGCACGGACAGCCGUUGAGGUGGGGAAGCUGCCUGGUAAUUUCCUGAUCGAGGUUGAGGCUAUUGCAGCAAUUCCUGAUUCGUAG